CUUCGAACACAAGACCAUCAACUUCAUCGUCUUCGCUUCUCUUCUAUUCUCGAUCUCUCUCCCGCAUUUUACACUUUUUUCUUUCCCUCUUUUUUUCUCCUUUCUCUCUCCUCCAUCCUUACACUUUCACUUCUCCCUUCUCUUUUCUCUCUCCUUUCCGCCAUUAAUCUAUUCUCAAACCUCUUCUCUUUCUCUCUCGUCUCUCUUCAAUGACAGUCAUGACUCCUGCUCCUAUCGACCAAGAAGAUGAUGAGAUGCUUGUUCCACAUUCUGAUAUAGCUGAUAAUCAUCAACCUAUGGAAGUUGUUGCACAAGCUGAACCUGCUAAUAACAAUAAUAAUGCCGAGAAUCAGCCUGUGGAAGAUCCUCCCUCGUCGAGGUUUACUUGGAAAAUUGACAAUUUCUCGAGGUUGAAUGCUAAGAAGCAUUAUUCAGAUGUGUUUGUCGUUGGCGGGUUUAAAUGGAGGAUACUUAUAUUUCCAAAAGGGAACAAUGUGGAUUACUUGUCUAUGUAUCUGGACGUUGCUGAUUCUCAGACUUUGCCUUAUGGGUGGAGUAGGUAUGCACAGUUCAGCUUAGCUGUGGUCAAUCAAAUUCAUAACAAGUAUUCCGUGAGAAAAGAUACUCAGCAUCAGUUUAAUGCUAGGGAAUGUGAUUGGGGGUUUACAUCAUUUAUGCCUUUAAGUGAAUUAUAUGAUCCUAGCAGAGGAUAUCUUGUUAAUGAUACCGUUGUCGUGGAAGCUGAGGUUGCUGUUCGCAAGAUUGUGGACUACUGGUCCUAUGAUUCCAAAAAAGAGACUGGAUACGUUGGAUUGAAGAACCAGGGAGCUACAUGUUAUAUGAAUUCUCUUCUUCAGACACUAUUUCACAUUCCGUAUUUCAGGAAGGCCGUGUAUCAUAUGCCCACUACCGAAAAUGAUAUGCCGUCUGCAAGCAUUCCUCUGGCUCUUCAAAGUUUAUUUUACAAGCUUCAAUACAGUGACAGUAGUGUGGCAACGAAAGAAUUGACCAAGUCAUUUGGAUGGGAUACUUACGAUUCAUUCAUGCAACAUGAUGUACAAGAGCUUAAUAGAGUCCUUUGCGAAAAGCUUGAAGACAAAAUGAAGGGUACUGUUGUUGAGGGCACUAUUCAGAAACUGUUUGAAGGGCAUCAUAUGAAUUAUAUUGAAUGCGUAAAUGUGGAUUACAAAUCAACACGGAAGGAGUCCUAUUAUGACCUUCAACUUGAUGUUAAAGGUUGUCGGGAUGUUUAUGCUUCAUUUGAUAAAUAUGUGGAAGUUGAACGUUUGGAGGGUGAUAACAAGUAUCAUGCUGAGCAGUAUGGUUUACAGGAUGCUAGGAAGGGUGUUUUAUUCAUUGAUUUCCCCCCAGUUCUGCAAUUGCAGCUCAAACGAUUUGAGUAUGAUUUUAUGCGUGAUACUAUGGUGAAGAUUAAUGACCGUUAUGAAUUCCCCCUUGAACUUGAUCUUGACCGUGAUGAUGGGAAAUACUUAUCACCUGAUGCUGAUAGAAGUGUCCGUAACCUUUACACACUUCACAGUGUUUUGGUGCACAGUGGUGGAGUGCAUGGUGGACAUUACUAUGCCUUUAUACGACCAACUCUAUCCGAUCAAUGGUACAAGUUUGAUGAUGAACGGGUUACAAAGGAAGACUUGAAGAGAGCUUUGGAGGAGCAGUACGGUGGUGAAGAGGAGUUACCACAGACAAAUCCUGGUUUCAACAACACUCCCUUCAAAUUCACAAAAUAUUCAAAUGCAUAUAUGCUUGUUUAUAUUCGUGAAAGCGACAAAGAUAAGAUCAUGUGUAAUGUGGAUGAAAAGGACAUUGCAGAGCAUCUCAGGGAACGUUUAAAGAGAGAGCAAGAAGAGAAAGAGCAUAAGAAGAAGGAAAAGGCAGAAGCACACCUUUAUACCAUUAUAAAGGUUGCACGAGAUGAUGACCUAGCCGAACAGAUAGGAAAGGACAUCUUUUUUGAUCUUGUAGACCAUGACAAAGUUAAAUCUUUUCGUAUUCAGAAGCAGAUGCCGUUUAACCUUUUCAAGGAGGAAGUUGCAAAAGAAUUUGGCAUCCCAGUACAAUUUCAGCGAUAUUGGCUAUGGGCAAAGCGUCAAAAUCACACGUAUCGACCAAAUCGACCGUUGACACCUUUGGAAGAAACCCAAUCUGUUGGACAACUAAGGGAAGUAUCUAAUAAAGUUCAUAACGCAGAACUCAAACUAUUCUUGGAAAUCGAGCUUGGAGUCGAUUUACGACCUAUUCUGCCUCCAGAGAAGACAAAGGAUGAGAUUCUGUUGUUCUUUAAGCAUUAUGAUCCCGAGAAAGAAGAGCUCCACUUUGUAGGAAGACUUUUCGUCAAGGCCAAUGGUAAACCUGGAGAAAUUAUAGGAAAGUUAAAGGAAAUGGCUGGCUAUGCUCCUGAAGAAGAAAUCGAAUUAUAUGAGGAAAUCAAGUUUGAACCAACUGUUAUGUGUGAACAUAUUGACCGAAAGCUCACAUUUCGGGUUAGCCAGCUAGAAGACGGGGAUAUUGUGUGUUUCCAGAAAGUCCUUCCAGCUGAAACUGUAGAAAGAUGCCGUUAUCCAGAUGUUCCCUCGUUCUUGGAUUAUGUGCACAAUCGGCAAGUUGUCCAUUUCAGAUCACUGGAGAGACCGAAGGAAGAUGAUUUUUGCUUAGAGUUAUCAAGACUUCAUACCUAUGAUGAUGUAGUGGAAAGAGUGGCUCGUCAAUUGGGGUUGGAUGAUCCAUCCAAAAUUAGGCUUACCUCUCACAACUGUUAUUCUCAGCAGCCAAAACCCCAGCCUAUAAAGUAUCGGGGUGUGGAUCAUUUGUCAGAUAUGCUGGUCCACUACAAUCAGACUUCUGACAUACUAUACUAUGAAGUUCUGGAUAUAACGUUGCCAGUCUUACAAGGAUUGAAAACCUUAAAAGUUGCUUUCCAUCACGCGACAAAAGAUGAAGUUACCAUUCACACAAUCAGACUGCCUAAACAGAGUACAGUGGGGGAUGUUCUUAAUGAUCUGAAAACUAAGGUUGAACUGUCACAUCCCGAUGCUGAGCUGAGGCUGCUUGAAGUAUUUUAUCACAAGAUCUAUAAGACAUUCCCGCCCAGUGAAAAGAUUGAGAACAUAAAUGAUCAGUACUGGACGUUACGAGCUGAAGAGAUUCCUGAAGAAGAAAAGAACUUGGGGUCUCAUGACCGGCUUAUUCAUGUCUACCAUUUCACGAAGGAGACAGCUCAGAACCAAAUGUCAAUUCAGAAUUUUGGUGAGCCUUUUUUCUUAGUGAUUCAUGAAGGAGAAACCUUGGCUGAGGUCAAGGUGAGGAUACAAAAGAAAUUGCAGGUUCCAGAUGAAGAAUUUUCCAAGUGGAAGUUUGCUUUCCUUUCACUAGGUCGUCCAGAAUACCUUCAGGACACUGAUGUUGUGUCGAAUCGCUUUCAGAGAAGGGAUGUUUAUGGUGCUUGGGAACAGUAUCUUGGAUUAGAACAUGCUGACACAGCUCCUAAAAGAACAUAUACAGCAAAUCAGAAUCGUCAUACAUACGAGAAGCCUGUAAAAAUCUACAAUUAGGGUAUUUUUGGGGAUUGAGUUUUUAUUGCAUGGGCAGAUUCUUGCAAAUCUCGAGGAUGCUCUGCUUAUGUCUGUAAGUUGCUAUUGCAGUUCAUCAGUCAAAGCAAGCCUCUCACGUAGCAAUGCAAGAUGCUUCCGUGAGUAUAGAACUCGGAGGGCAUCGGCAAAUAUCUAGAUUGGAUUGUGUUAGCUGUAUCAUUCUUUCGCGUAGUGUGUAUGUGGAAGAUUGGUUUUCUGAUGUCGAGGAAUCUGCUCUCGUCACCACAAGUUCACACAGUACAACCAUUGUCAAGCUUUUAACAUCUUCAAAUUUUCUCAUAUGAAGUUGGUUUCUAUUGUUUGUGUCCUUCGGUGCCUCGCCUCUGUUGUGAGUUUUAGAAAACAGUACAUAAAUGAGAUUUUGUCUUAAGGGAUGUAUACACAUUAACAGAAUAGUUGGGGUGCCUGCCAUUUUUCCGUUUGCUCACCUCUGUUUAUUUAGGCAUGUCUAGUAGUUUAUGGGGGUUGUGGACUGGUAAUCUUAUGCUUGUUUGUUAUUCAGCUGCCCCCCUUUUUUUCUAAUUUUUUGCCGCAGGGAUUAAGGGUUUUGGCAUUGUCUUAAGGUUUUCCACUUGUGAUGUUUAUCGGCUACAACCUCAACCAUUCAUAAUCUGUAAAAUUUUUACAGUUUAUCUGGAGUUUCCAAGGUUUGUAGUCCUGACUGAAGGUGCAAUUCUUGUAUUGUAAUGAUAUAAUAAUAUUUCAUUAUUUUGAUGUCAGUACCUGAUUUUUAUUCAGGUAGAGUUUGAAGGUUUGAUAUUAGCAACCUCAUAGUAGUAACAUUAGAGAGUUGUUCCUUAUAAUUUGUAAUAACUUGUAGCUCUAUGUAGAUAAAAAGUAUAAAGCCCUCUGCCUUAUGAUAUUGCUAUAAUUACAAGUUUAGUGUUUUCAAGUGUACCUUUUGGGGAUUUUAUGAUAUAAAUGUGUAAAUCAAAUUAAAAGAUGAGGUAAAUAUGUAGAUGAGAUUAAAGAAAGAAUAUGAGUUUUGGUUGAAAAUACGAUUGUAGUUAUUCUACGGGGCGGAUUUGGAGAUGUUCAAAAUAGAUAAGAUAAUUUGAUUUCUAUCUGAAUUUAUAAUUGAAUUUGGCUUUAACGUAACUUUAAAUUGUAUUUAAACUAUAAAAAUCAUUAUGGACAAAAGGCAUAAUUCAAAUUGAUU